AUGGAGGAGUACGAGCGCGCGCCCAAGCGCCUGAAGGUGUCCGCCGAGGCUGAGGAUGAGGAGGAGCUGGAGGAAGGCGAGGAGUCAGACUCAGCAUCCGCGGGGCUCCUGGGUGACGAUGAGGAGGAUGAAGGGCAGAGCAGAGCGCGCUGGAGCUCCGCGGAGAGGAAGGAUGUUUUGUACACGGUCUGUAAUCCGAUCGGAAACGUGCUGCGCAUCGUGAUCUUCAAGAGGAACGGGAUCCAGGCCAUGGUGGAGUUCGAAUCCAUCCAGAACGCUCAGAAGGCCAAAGCUGCCCUCAACGGGGCCGACAUCUAUGCCGGCUGCUGCACGCUGAAAAUCGAAUACGCUCGGCCCUCACGCCUCAACGUCAUCAGAAAUGACAACGACAGCUGGGACUACACCAAACCUUUCCUGCUGCGCCGAGAGCGUGGUAAAGGCCGACAGCGGCAGGCCAUCCUGGGAGAACAUCCGUCCUCGUACAGCGAUAACGGAUACGGCUCUCACUGCCCCCUGCUGCCGCUGCCCGGUAAUAACCGCUUCAAGCGCGGCUCUCAUGAUGUCCCGGAGGUGGUGGCGUAUCCGCUGCCCCAGACAUCCUCAUACAUGAGCCACACCUCCAGCUCCGUCGCCAUGGUGAGCGGCCUGCAUCCCGCCAAGAUGAACUGCACUCGCAUCUUCAACCUCUUCUGUCUCUACGGAAACAUUGAGAAGGUAAAGCAUUCUUGA